AUGGCCCGCCCAGAUAUUUCGCGGCCCAAGUUGGCGCAUACCGAGGACAAGCGUUGGACCGUCAAAACGUUGUCUCAGCGGUUGAGCACGCAUCUGUCGCCUUCUCGUCCCCAGUCCCAUGUUUUCCGUCCCGGGACACCAAACUCGUGGCGAAGCCAAGGAGAAUGGGACGCCUACUCUGCUGCGAGCGACAGUCGGCCGAGCACUCCUCGAACCUCCACCUCAACCAGGCACUCCAACGGACGCGAACGACGUCAGACCAACGGCAGCAGUUUAUCCCAGGACGACGGCUAUGUUGAGAAGCCGUCAAAGUUUGUCACCGAUUACGGCUGGCCCAUUCUUUCCGACCCUCUCAAUCCCAACAAGAAGCUCACUCCGAGAGAGCUUACGACCCAGAGAAUCCUCUUCAUCCUUAUCGUUCUGAUCCUCAACAUCGGUCUCGCUGCGGUGGCCUGCUUUGGAAACACCGGCUUAGCGACCCUCGUCUUCAUCUUGUUCGUCAAGUGCAAGGAUUUCAUCUCCUCGCUGUUGUCCCUAGUCUGCCUUACUGGAACUUCCAUCUACCGGCAUUUCCGCCCGCCGGCGCCAGUUUCUCAACGGUGGAUUCUAUCACUGAUCCCAGCCUAUUCAGAGAGCGAGGAGCAGCUCAUCAAGACGGUCUACUCCCUACGCGACAACGGCUGUGAGCCACACAAGCAAGUCAUGUGCAUCUUCCUAGAUGGAAAGCCAAGGAACAUCAAGAGCGAGUUCUCGCGCAUCGUCGCCGACAUUGAGCGUCCCUACCACUCCCUCAAGUACAAAAAGGGCAACCUCAAGAUCACUGCCGGUUUCAUGCAAGAUGUGCCCGUCAUUGUCAUCGAGAAGGUGAAGAAUAGCGGCAAGAAGGAUUCCCUUGUCCUCACCCACGACCUUUUCAACGCGCCCCGCGAGAACAUGCCCACUUACACCCGCCUCCUCCGCGAGGAAAUUUGGCGCACAAUUCUUCCCCCUCUGACCAAAGGCACCGACUUCCGCAACUUUGACAUGGUCUUCUGCACUGACGCUGAUUCCGUCAUUCACCAAGGCUGCGUCGCCAAGCUCGCCAACGCCCUAGCCCGCGACAAGAACGCCAUCGCAACCUGCGGGCUUGUUCUUGUUGAGUUGGAGCCUGGAUAUGAGUGGUCUUUUUGGAACCUCUAUCAACAACUGCAGUACACUUUCGGUCAGUUCGUCCGUCGCCGUGCCGAGGGCUUCAUCGGCAAAGUCACUUGUCUGCCAGGCUGCGUUACAAUGGUUGCUGUUCGCAAGGAAAUGGCUGGUGCAAUCGCAAAGUACGCCAGUCCCGUAAAGGAGAACUGGGUCGUCCACCACCAGGUCCAGAACCUCGGCACCGACCGUCGUCUCACGUACUGCAUGCUCAGCCAGGACAAGAAGCUGCGCACAAUCUUUGUGCCGGACGCCGUUUCGGAGACUGUGGCUCCCCAGUCUUUCAAGCACUACGUCCACCAGCGUCGACGAUGGGGUUCCAAUGCCUACUUCAACAAUUACUUUUACUUUGCUGGCGAGAACAUGAUCUUGAUCACUCGAAUUGCUGCUGCCAUCGACAUUGCCCGUCAGACGCUGGUCUACUACCGCGUGCUCAACACGAUCCUCUUCAUCCGCGCACUCAUCAACGCCUUCAACCCCAUGGAUAUCCUUCCACUUCUCGUGGUCGGACAAUUCCCCGUCAUCUGGUUUUGUGUAUGCCUGGCCGUUGAGUCUUCUCUGCGCCAGCGUGCCCACAAGAUCAUUCUUGGUUUCUUUGUCAACAAGCUCGUUUCGCCGUUCAUGUCCAUCAUCAUCUUCUCGGCCGUUGCGAAGAACCUCGGCAAUGCUGUCUGGGGCAUGUCGGGUGUCACUGCGUCAUCGGCGGCUGCAUCGCCCAAGGACAAGCUAUCGGAUGCAGAGGAGGGAAAGGCUGGAGUACAACGGCCGGAAAGCCCCAUCUCGCGCCCUCCCUCACCGCCUGAAGUGCUCUGA